CACGUCGCUCAGCCCACAGAAAUGACAUUUGUCGAGGCGACAUGCUCGGCGCCGGUCAACAUCGCAGUCAUCAAAUAUUGGGGCAAGAGGGACACUGCGCUCAUUCUGCCAACCAAUUCGUCCCUUUCUCUGACGCUGUCGCAAGAUGAUCUGCGCUCUACAACGAGCAUACGUGCAGAUGCAACCUUCACACGAGACGCGCUGUGGUUGAAUGGCUCGAGCGUCGCUCUAGAUGGCGAAGGCAGGAUGACGACUUGUCUCGAGGAAAUGCGCAAGCUCAGGCGACAACUCGAACAAUCAGCCUCACAGAAAGACAUUGACGGCAAAGCGCUGUCGAGCUGUCACUUGCACAUCGUGUCAGAGAACAACUUCCCUACCGCUGCCGGCCUAGCAUCAUCAGCUUCAGGCUUCGCAGCGCUUGUCUUCACGCUCGCAAAACUAUACCAGCUGCCUGAGAACGCAUCUGAGCUAUCGAGAAUAGCACGACAGGGCUCAGGAUCAGCCUGUCGGUCACUGUUUGGCGGGUAUGUCGCUUGGGAAAUGGGCGCCUCUGCGGAUGGGCAGGACUCGUUAGCUGUCCAAGUUGCGCCCGAGACACAUUGGGCGGGCAUGAAAGCACUGAUCUGCGUGGUGUCGGAUGCAAAGAAAGGCACUUCUUCUACUUCGGGCAUGCAAAGGACCGUGCAGACUUCGACACUGCUGCAAGAGCGCAUCAAUUCUGUCGUGCCCGAGAGAAUGGCAGAGAUCACAAAGGCAAUCAACCAACGCGAUUUUGAUACCUUUGCAACAAUCACCAUGAAGGAUUCGAAUAGCUUCCAUGCAGUCUGCAUGGACACUUUCCCACCUAUCUUCUAUCUGAACGACGUGUCAAGGUCAAUCAUCGCAGUCAUCACAGAACUCAACAGACUCUCGACAGAAGCUGGCAAAGGUCUUGUGGCGGCUUACACAUUCGACGCAGGGCCGAAUGCGGUCAUCUACGCACUCGAGCAAAGCAUGCCCGAGAUCAUCGCACUCGUCUCUCACUUUUUUCCGGGGAAAGAUAGAAAAGAAGGCUCCCUGCCUGCUGGCUUCAACGUGAAAGUAUCGACUGUCUUUCCGCCGGAAAGCGUCAGCCGACUUAUCCAUACCCGAGUAGGCGACGGACCGCGCGUGCUAAGCGCAGACCACUCUCUCGUCGCGUCAGACGGCCAACCCAAGAGAAUCGCAUGACGUCCGCGCAGAGUGACGUGACAACUGUUCGUGUAUGCAUUGCUGAUCGCUACAUCUUUCUAUUUCCACUG